AUGAGAGAUGGUGAAAGCGAUAGAGAUAGCAAACAAGGUUUAGAGAGAGAAGUUGAGAGAUUGGCUCCUACCUUGGAGGAGGUUGAGAGGAUCAUAGGCCGGAAUUUGAAGGACCAUAACCCAUUCCCUAAGCUCGAUGAAGAUAUUCCUCCCAAGAGAAUAGCUUCAGCUUUGGGUCUGAAAGUUUCUGAAGUCGUGGAUAAUUGGGAUGUGAAAGGACCUUUCAGUGGUUUUUCUAGGAAGUUCUUGGAAGAUCAGGCCAAGAAGAUGGAAAAAGAAGGGAAUUGGGAAGCCUUUUAUGCUGUGUUAGCCGUGUUGAUAUAUGGGAUAGUCCUCUUCCCAAAUAUUGACCAUUUCGUGGACCACCUGGCGGUGAGAAUUUUCCUCUCUGGUAACCCUGUACCGUUCCUCUUGGCAGAUCUCUACUACACUCUCCAUGACCGUCAUGAGAGGAAGGGAGGAAUUGUCUUAUGUUGUGCGCAGUUGUUGCACGCCUGGUUUAGAUCCCACAUGCCCGAAGAAGGUCCUUUUGUCUCAAAGGAACUCAAGCCCUUCCAGAAGUUAGCUUCCCUCACUUCCAGUCAUGUUAAGUGGUAUAUCAGGGAUUGGGAAACCGAGAAUGUGAUUGUCAGCAUUGGAGACUUCCCCAAUGUGCCUUUGAUAGGAACCAAGGGUUGCAUCAACUAUAACCCCGUGCUAUCUCUGAGGCAGCAUGGGUACCCUAUGAAUGGCCCUCCAAAAGCUGAAGCUCUAGAGCCUUUCAUCUUACAUGGUAUUGAAGCGGAUCAUCCCAUGGUGAAAAAGAUCAAGAGGUCUUGGCAAGCAGUCAUCAGAAAGGGUAAGGAGUUGGGUAAGAGAAAUGUCAUUGCCCAAGAGCCUUACACUUGUUGGGUUAGAGAGAGGGUUCAGAUGAUUAAACUCCCUUAUCCAUUUGAUCCUUCCAUCUAUCCAGUGGUUCCUGAGCCAGAGCCCAUAUUACCUGAAGAUGUAGAGAAGCUCAAUGCCCGUAUCAAGGAGUUGGAGUUGGAAAAUGCUGAUUUGAGAAUCAGGCUUGGCCGAGUCUCGAUAGAGAAUGGGAACUUGAAAGACGAUCAACAAAAGAAGGACAAAGAGCUUGAAGUCUCCAACAAAAGAGCCAGAGAGUCUGAAGCGAGGAGAGAGAAGUUUGGACAAGCGCUCUUUAGCACCAAAUUUGUGUUCAAAUCAAAGGAAGAAGAGUUGGAUAGAGCUUUACUCCGGAUUCAAAAAUUCAACAAGACUUUGGAACUGACCCUUGAGAUGAAAAGAGAAGCACGACUAAUUUCCGAGAUUCGUACUCGUGAGCUGGAGAAUACCAUUCAGAAAUACAAGGAUACUCUGGAACGUGAGAAGCUGAAGACCGAAGAGUCAGAAAGAGUGUGCACACGAUUGAAACAUCAUUUGGAUCGAGCCGACGCUAGAAUCCUAUGGUGUUGCUAA